UGUAAUCCAUCUGGGAGGGAUUUGUCUGUGAAAACUUCAGUGUGGAUUGACGGGUAAAUCACAUUGCAUAAUCCCCCAUUUAUUUUAUCACAAAAAAUGAUUAUCUCACGGGCAGUCAGAAAUAGCGGCAUAGGUGUGAGAUAUGCCAGGAGAAUGGGUACUACAAGUGAAAAUCCUCAGACGGUAAUUGCCCAGGAAGUUGGGAAUGCCGGAGUGAUCACGUUGGAUCGCCAAAAAGCUCUCAAUGCCAUUAAUUUGGACAUGGUCAGGCAAAUCUAUGCGGCAGCUAAGAAGUUUGAGCAGAGUAAGGAUCUUGUGAUUAUUAAAGGAGCUGGAGAGAAGGCUUUUUGUGCUGGUGGUGAUGUUAGGGCUGUGAGUUAUGGUCCCCUGGAGGAAGCUAAAGCCUUCUUCCGCCAGGAGUACAUCCUAAAUGCAUCAAUUCAAGCCUUCCGGAAGCCCUACGUGGCACUAAUUGAUGGGAUUACAAUGGGUGGUGGUGUGGGGCUCUCUGUGCACGGGAAGUACCGCGUAGCCACGGAGAGAACUCUCUUUGCCAUGCCCGAAACGGCCAUUGGACUCUUCCCUGACGUUGGAGGCGGAUACUUCCUCCCCCGUCUCCGUGGGAAGCUGGGAAUGUUCCUCGGGCUCACGGGAUUCCGUCUCAAGGGCAGGGAUGUGGAGAAAGCCGGCGUUGCGACGCACUACUGCGAAAGUGCCCGGAUCCCAGAACUCGAGGAAGCUCUCACCAAGUGCUCCACCGAUGGGGAUGUUGCAGCAACACUGGCUAAAUUCUGCCCCAAAGACACCUCUGAAUUCAUCCUGAACAAACAUCUCGCUCAGAUUGAUGAGUGCUUCAGUGGGGCAACAGUUGAGGAAAUCCUGGAACGCCUCCGGAAGGAUAAUUCAGAGUGGGCACAGAAAACGCUGCAGGGAUUGGCAAAAAUGUCUCCGACGAGUAUGAAGGUCAGCAAGAAGCAGAUUGAUUUGGGGGCCAAUAUGACACUUCCGGAAUGCCUCGUGAUGGAGUACAGACUUGCGGUGAGACACGCCCAAGACAGUGACCUCAAAGAAGGUGUUCGCGCGUUGCUGGUGGACAGAGACAAUCAACCAAAAUGGAACCCUCCAACCCUGGAAGAGGUCACCGACGAGCGGGUGGAUUCCUUCUUCAAGCCACUUCCGGAUGAUUUGAAAUUGUAAUGAAGGCAAAAUGGGAUAAUCAUUGACUUCUCCAUCCAUUUAUUGAGGUUCUUCAUGUCACACAGAAAAGGAAUUUCCUGUCUAAAGAUCCGGAGUUUUAUUCUGAGAGUCUCGAAAUCUCUCAAAUUCCAUUAGAAAAAUAUUUUUUCCUCGUAAAAUAAGAGUUGUAAUAAGCUUAAAAGGAGUCUAUUCACCGUUGAUCUUUUUAAAUAUUUAUUUAUCCAUCAAAUAUAAGAAAAAACUCGAAUUAUUUAGGAUGCUUCUGAUGCUUCUAAUUGAGAAUAAUUAGGAGAAAACGUAGAAAUAUUGAAAAAAUCAUCGAAAACUAUAACAAAUAAAGACAAAACAUUUAAAAGUAUAGAUUAAAUACAGUCGUGAUCGUGCAGUAGGACCGUCGUCAAAAAAAGUUCUCCGCGGUAAAACGGCUGCAGAAUGAGGAAUUUCGCCUUCGCAGUGGGACAAUUAGUACUAUUGGAAAGGUAGGAUACCAAUUGUCCUACUACGAAGGCAAAAUUCCUCAUUUUGAAGCCGUUUUACCGCGGAGAAGUUUUUUUGACGACGGUCCUACUGCACGAUCACGACUGUAAAUACAAAAUAUCGGAAAACAAGGAAAAUCUUGCUGAAAAUAAAGAGAAACCGAAUAAAAUCGUGAAUAGGUAAUAUAAGAGAACUAUUUUGAAAUAUAAAUAAAUAAAGAAAAAGAAAACACGUUAAAAUUUUAGAAAAAAAAACGAAGAAAAGAAUAAUGCAAAAAAUAGAAAACAUAAUUUUAAAACUUUAUAUAAAAACUAAUUUUAAGUUCAGGAGGUAGAUUCAGAUACAAAUCUUUUCUUUCCUUACAGUUCGUUAGUUAUAAGAUUAUUGGUAUUCUGGGAUAAAUCUUAUAAGAUUUUUACAAUUUUUUUCUAUCUUUAAUCGGAUUUUUGAAGGAAAAUUACUUUUCUAUAGGGGCCUCUAAAUUUCUUUAUGCCGGUUUUUUGGGACAACUAAUUAUUUGUUAUUUUAUAGAACGGCAAUAGAACGAUCUAAAAACUCCAUCUUUCAAAAUCUUACAACAAAUUUUUAACCGUCCGUAUGCCAUGAUCAAAACUUACGCGCAUUGCCAUGGGGUAGGUGACCGACCACAUAAUUUUUUUCGCAAAAUAAGCAAAUUAUUUCGGUCAAAUGAGCUUUAAUAGACUCCUUGGUACUCCCUAUGAAGUCUUUUGUCCAUUUUAGAAGACAAAACUACAUUUAAAUUGUUUUUUUUAAUUCCCUCUUCUUACAUUUUUGUUAAUAACUUUUUUUUCUAGUCAUAUAAUCUAGGAACUUAAUCCCAAAAGAUGGGUUUAAAAUCUCUGAGAAUUAGGGCGUAAUAACUCGAAAUAGGGCUAUGGGGUUUGUCACCUACCCCUCAUGGCAAUGCGAGGGUUAAAGUUCUUUCUGUCAGUUUUUUUGGGACAACUAAUUAUUUGUUAUUUUAUAGAACGGCAACAGAACUAUUAAAAUAUUUCAUCUGUAAAAAAUUUACAACAAACUUAAGUUGUUAGAAAAGAUUUUUAUCAAAAUCUGUUAAUUAAUUUGUUUUAAUUGUUUAGGGGAGAGCGGGGUUAAAAAAGUUACUUAAGGGUUUUGAAAAACCUCAAAAUAUAAUAUUUCCCAAAUACAUAAAGCGAAAUGAAUUGCUCAUUUCUUUAGGAAAUUUACUGCCCUACAACUUUUUCUCAGAUCAUUUUGUUCUAUCUAGCUAGGAAAUAUGAUAUUUUAAGCUUUUUCCAAACCCUUAAGUGACUUUAUUAGCCCCGGUCUCUCCUACAUUUUUUUUUCUCUGUGUAGUAUUCUUUUGAAUGACGACAUAGCGCGCAACAAUGGUGAAUAGACUCCUUUUCUUAUAAGAAAAAAACAUUAAAGUGCGAUUUAAAAAAUU